UGACCCGUGUGUCAUCAUCAUUGCCUGAGAAUCAGCUGAUCCGUCCAGUCUAUUUCCACGACUCAGACACUGUCACGGUCGUGACUUUCAUAUCAUUUUUGUGCGUUUUUAAAUCUGUAGGGCAUUUUGAAAAUAUAUUUGAAAAAUUUAAACGGACGUCUUUCCGUCGCUUCGAAACGAGCUUAAAAUCCUUUUACAGCAGCCGCAGCAGCAGCAGUCAUGGCGCUCAGCGAUGCCGACGUCCAGAAGCAGAUCAAGCACAUGAUGGCUUUCAUUGAGCAGGAGGCCAAUGAAAAAGCAGAGGAGAUUGAUGCUAAGGCAGAGGAGGAGUUCAACAUUGAGAAAGGCCGGCUGGUCCAGACUCAGCGUCUGAAGAUUAUGGAGUAUUAUGAGAAGAAGGAGAAACAGAUCGAACAGCAGAAGAAAAUUCAAAUGUCCAACCUGAUGAACCAGGCCAGACUGAAGGUCCUGAAGGCCCGUGAUGACAUGAUUUCGGAUUUGUUAAACGACGCACGUCACCGACUAGCGAAUGUUGCCAGAGAUCCAUCCAGAUACGCUGUUUUGAUGGACGGACUGGUCCUGCAGGGUUUUUAUCAGCUCCUGGAACCCAAAGUGACCAUCCGUUGCCGCAAACAGGACGUGGGCAUAGUGCAGGCUUCUGUGCAGAAAAACAUUCCCAUCUACAAGGCAGCAGUGAAGGACAAUCUUGAAGUCCGUAUCAACCAGGAUAACUUCCUCUCUCCAGAACUCUCUGGUGGUAUCGAGCUGUAUAAUGCUGAUGGAAAGAUCAAAGUGUCCAACACUCUGGAGAGCAGGCUGGACCUCCUAGCACAGCAGAUGAUGCCGGAAAUCCGAGUCGCCCUGUUUGGCGCAAACCAGAACCGCAAGUUCAUGGACUGAUCCUCACUCGCUCCAAACCACGGCAGAAUGCCACUGUUUGAUGUUGUACUUUUAUUCUUAUUCUGGUGUUAAAAACUCCAUUCCUGUAUCUGUCUGUAUUUAAGAAAAUAUCAUGUGUAUGUGUGUGUUCAGUUGGUGUUGAUACACUAUUGCUGUAAAAAAGGAUCAAAAUAGUGUUCCAUUUGGUCCAUAACAUCUCAUGUGUUUGAUUCUGAAUGCAGCUGUAAUAUAACACGGUUUACAGAAACGCCUGAGUGAGCUCAGUCUUAAACUGAUGUAGAAGUUUCACGGUUGUUUGCGAACUCACCCAUUUUGUGGCUGUGGAGAAGACAGACCCAUCUUGAACAUCCCCCAGAAAAACUAAAUGGUGGCACAGACUUGAAAAUUACUAAGUGUUUAAUUGUUUCCGUUGACUUUUUAUUUGCUUUCCUGUGGUGCAGAGCAUGACCUGUAUAUCACAAGCAAUCGUGUCUGUUAUUGCUGCAAAGAUUAUAUUGAUGUGAAAAUUAUAUAUAAUGAAAAAAAUAU